GGAGGCACAACUCGGGGGCGGGGGGGGCUCCCCUCUUUGUUUGCCCCUUGCAGCUUUCUGGAUGUCUUGUAGUCACCGUGCUUUCCACCCCCAGAUUCUGAGCCUUGCGGAUCUAGCACGCCCCGUCUUGCUUCCGUACCCCGAGGAUGGGGGUGCUCAGGGUGGGGCUUUGCCCGGCUCUCACCCAGGAGAUGAUCCAGCUGCUGAGGGGCAUUGGCAUUAAGACAGUGGUGGACCUUGUUUCUGCAGACCUGGAAGAGGUAUCUCGGAAAUGUUCCUUGUCUUAUAAGGCCUUAGUUGCUGUGAGGAGGGUACUGCUGGUUCAGUUCUCCUCUUUCCCCUUCAACGGUGCUGAUCUCUACGAAGAGCUCAAGACCUCCACUGCCAUCUUGGCCACAGGCAUUGCAAGCCUGGAUAAGCUGCUGGACUCUGGCCUCUACACUGGAGAAGUCACAGAAAUCACCGGCCCCCCAGCCAGUGGCAAAACCCAGGUGUGCCUCUGCACAGCAGCCAGUGUGGCCUACAGCCUGGGUCAGAGUGUCCUGUACAUCGACUCCACCGGAGGCCUGACAGCCUCACGCCUCCUCCAGCUGCUGCAGGCCAGGACCGAGGAUGAAGAGGAGCAGAAGGUCUUUAGAGUUCUCCCUGGAGACCCUAAACCUUGCUUUCAGGGCCUGGUGGGACUCAGUCUCCCCCUUCUCAUUGGUGCAGGGGCUCUGCAGAGGAUCCACGUGGUACGUGUGUUUGACAUCUUCCAAAUGCUGGACGCGUUCCAGGACCUCCGGGGUAGUAUCUCCCAGCAGGCGACCAAUGCUUCGGGGCCGGUAAAGAUAGUGGUGGUGGAUUCAGUCUCCGCAGUGGUCUCCCCUCUUUUGGGAGGCCAGCAUAGUGAGGGUUUGGCCUUAAUGAUGCAGCUCGCCCGAGAGCUCAAGACCCUGGCCCGGGAGCUGGGAAUUGCAGUCUUGGUGACUAACCAUGUGACCAGGGAGCGAGAGAGUGGAAAGCUCAGACCGGCCCUGGGCCGAUCCUGGAGUUUUGUCCCCAGCACCAGAGUGUUCCUGGAAGCCCGGGAAGGGCCCGGAGCCCCAGCUGGCUGCCGUGUGGCCUCUCUGACCAAGUCUCCGCGACAGCCCACAGGAAUCCAGGAGGUCAUGGAAAUUGGAAGCUGUGGGACUCCAGAACAGAAUUCCUCAUUAGAAGGCAGCAAGUCAUAAUCAUAUCACCUCUUUGGAACAUGAGGAGGGGUCAAAGGCUCCCUGUCAUCCAGUUCCCAGAGAGGAAACUAGCAGUCACAAAGAAGACAGAAAAGGCAUGGGAUAGUCUGGAUAAAGUGCUGGACUGGGUCCAAGGAAGGACCUGAGUUCAAGUCUUGAUUCUGAUACUGUGAACAUGGACAAGGGGCUUUGCCUCUCUGGGCCUCAGUUUCCUCAUCUGUAAAAUGACAGGGUUGGAUUAAAUGAGCUGAGGUCCCUUCC